AUGGCUAAACGGCCAAAUUUCCUUGUCAUGGUCGCCGAUGACCUGGGCUUCUCCGAUGUGGGAUGCUUCGGAAGCGAGAUCAGGACUCCCAACAUCGACAAGAUUGCCGCAAAUGGAGUCCGUUUCACCGACUUUCACGCCGCCGCUGCUUGCUCCCCAACUCGCGCCAUGAUCAUGACAGGGACAGAUCACCACAUUGCCGGCUUGGGAAACCUGGUUGAAUGGACCAAUAUCAGCGGCCAAAACGGGCCCAAGGGAUCUCAAAUGAGCACUGCACCGCAGCGCGGAAUGCCUGGCUACGAAGGGUAUCUCAACGAGCGAGUAGUUGCCCUCCCCGAGCUUCUGCGAGACGCCGGUUACCACACUCUUCUAUCCGGGAAAUGGCAUUUGGGUCUUACCCCCGAACGUGCUCCGAUCAAGCGAGGUUUCGAGAGAUCGUUCGCCCAUCUUCCGGCUUGCUCUAACCACUAUGGCUUUGAACCGCAGCUGCAAGAUCAAGAUGAAACCCCCACAUUCAUUGAAGCCAGCUAUAUCGCCCUCCACAUGGAAGACGACCACUAUGUGAAGAAGCUUCCCGAAGGAUGGUACUCGUCCGAUGGCUACGGUGACAAGAUGGUCAGCUACUUGAAGGAUUGGCACAAUUCUGAAAAGGACAGAGAUCGUCCGUUCUUUGCUUAUUUGCCAUUUACUGCUCCACAUUGGCCUCUGCAAGCGCCUAGGGAGUACAUUGACCAUUACCGCGGUGUAUAUGACGAUGGCCCAGACGCCCUCCGAGAGAAACGUCUCCAGCGGUUGAAGGAGCUCGGCAUGAUCAAAGACGAUGUCAAGCCUCAUCCUGUCGUGGCCGAAGAAGUCAAGCAGUGGAAAGACUAUACCGAGGAUGAAAAGAAAAAAUCGUGCACUGCGAUGGAGGUAUUUGCAGGAAUGGUGGAGUGUAUAGACGCGAACGUGGGCAAAGUGGUGGACUACCUCGAAAGCAUCGGCGAGUUGGACAAUACCUUUGUAUGCUUCAUGUCCGACAACGGUGCCGAGGGCGCUGCCUACGAGGCAUACCCGCUCGUGAAGAGUGGUGUUUUGCCGCAUUUGCAAAAAUACUAUGAUAACAGUAUUGAAAAUCUCGGCAAUUAUAAUUCUUUCAUCUGGUAUGGCCCCCGCUGGGCACAAGCUGCAACUGCACCAUCUCGACUAUACAAAGCAUAUACAACGGAGGGUGGCGUGCGAGUUCCCUUCACGGCCCGAUUUCCUAAAGAGGUCAAUGUAGCGGAUACCGCGAAGGGAAUUACAGAUCAAUUUGCAACUGUGAUGGACCUCGCCCCGACUAUUCUCGAGAUGGCCGGCGUCAACCACCCAGCACCGACUUAUCAAGGUCGCGAAAUCGUUCCAAUGCGCGGAAAGAGCUUCUAUUCGUGGGCCACUGGAGAUGCGGCUAGAAUCCACGAAAAAGAUUUUGUCCAAGGCUGGGAGACCUGCGGUCGUGCCGCGCUUCGUUUCGGAGACUGGAAGAUCGUAUACAUUCCUAAACCGAAAGGUCCCGAGCGGUGGCAGCUGUAUAACCUGGCCAUUGAUCCAGGCGAGGUUGAUGAUCUCGCAGAACUCGAGCCGGAACGCUUGAAGCAGCUGUUGAAAUUAUGGGAUCAGUACGUGAUCGAAACGGGAGUCAUCCCUCUCGCUCCGGACCUGGGUGAAUUUUUAGAAGCGACUGAAGCGCAGAUGCCGGAGAAUGCGUGGAUGGAGUAUGAUUAUUGGAAGCCGGGGGCGAGAGAUGAGCCGGAGAAGUUUAUGCGCAAACCUCCUCGCUUUCAGAGGACUGUGAAGCAGUUCUGA